AUGGCUUCCCAAACUCAAGGAAUUCAACAAUUGUUGGCUGCUGAAAAAAGAGCCGCCGAAAAGAUCAACGAGGCCAGAAAACGCAAAUUGCAAAGAACCAAGCAAGCCAAGCAAGAGGCUCAAGCUGAAGUUGAGAAGUACAAGCAGGUGGGGGCGAUUUUUGAAUUUUGAAAAAUCUGAUUUUCGGCUGAAGAUUUUGGCUAUUUCAUCUAAAAUUCGAGAUUUUUUGGUCGAUUUUAAGCCUGAAGCCUGAAAUUAUGGCUGAAUAUUCAGAUUUUUCGACUGAAAAUUGAAAAUUCAACUGAAAUUUCAAUUUUUGACUGAAAUUAAUCUGAAAUUUGAGAUUUUUGAUCGAUUUUAAGCUUGAAACCUGAAAAUCUGUAAUUAUGGAUGAAAAUUGAGAAAUUUUCAUAGACUAAAAAUAAAAUUAUUCAACCAUAAUUUCUGGUUUCUGGCUUAAAAAUGACGAUAAAUUUCAAAUUUUAGCUCACUUUCUCUCAGAAUUAACAAUUUAAAAAUCAAGGUUGAGAAAAUCUGAAAUUUUCAAUGAAAACAAGCUAAAAUUUGAGGUUUUUGGUCACUUUUAAGUUUGAAACUUGAGAAUUUGAAAUUAUGGUUGAAAAUGAACUGAAAUUUGAGAAAUGUUCAUAUGAAAGUUUGAAAAAAAUCAAUAUUUUUUUAGCAACGCGAGCAAGAGUUCAAGGCUUUUGAACAACAAUAUUUGGGAACCAAAGAAGAUAUUGAGAGCAAAAUUCGUAAGGAUACUGAAGAUCAAAUCAAUGGAAUGAAACAAUCGGUUGCUGCGAACAAACAAGCUGUUAUUGUUCGUCUUCUUCAAUUGGUAUGCGAUAUCAAGCCAGAACUUCAUCACAAUUUGGUUUUGCAAAAGAAAUUGCACGGACAAUUCGCUGCCUAA